AUGGCCAGCCAAAUACCAGAAGAGAUACAUAUCCGGCAUUGUAUGCUUUUUGAGUUUCACAAGGGUAGUAACGCAACAGUUGCUACCAAAAACAUUUGCGAUGUUUAUCCAAGUGCAUUAGACGUUUGUAAAUGCCAAAGAUGGUUUUCUAAGGUCAAAUCCGGUAAUUUUGAUCUUUUCAACUCGUAUCGAUCAGGAAGACUAACAACUUUAGACAAUAACAUGUUAAGGGCGGAAGUGGAAGCAAAUCCGUGUCAGACAAUCGAGGAACUGUCAAACACUUUUAACCAACCUUUAUCGACCAUCCAAGAACAUUUGCAGCAGAUUGGUAAAAAGGGGUUUUUUGAUCGCUUGAUCACUGGAGAUGAAAAAUGGGUCCUCUAUGAUAAUCCAAAACGCAAAAGGCAGUGGCUCUCUCCGAAUGAAUUGCCACGAAGUACAGCUAAGCCAGGUUUACACCCCAAAAAGGCGCUUUUGUGUGUUUGGUGGAGUAUUCGCGGAGUCGUUCAUUUUGAAGUGCUGAAACCUGGACAAACUGUGAAUGCAGACAUUUACUGUGAACAAUUAGAUCGAGUAAAUCAAUCUUUAAUUAAAAAGUGUCCAGCGAUUGUCAACAGAAACGGUGUUAUUCUGCAAGACGAUAAUGCAAGACCGCACUGCACAAGACAAACCCUGGAAAAAUAUUAA